AUGCCAGUAACAACCCAGGCCCUCGUUUCGCGGGAGAUAAAUGUCCAGCCUAGGCUCGAGGAGAUCACCCUCGACAACAUUCGCGCCGAUGAGGUACUCGUCGAAAUCCAUGCUACUGGCAUCUGCCACACAGACUUUUCCUGCAUGAACGGGACGCUGCCCGCAGCAUUCCCCAGUGUGCUGGGGCACGAGGGCGCCGGUGUGGUUGUGGAUGUCGGCGAGAAGGUCAAGCACGUAAACAAGAAUGACAAGGUCCUGCUCAGUUUCGACCAUUGCGGUGCCUGCUACCAGUGCGACGAGGGUCAUCCAGCCUACUGUUCCGAAUGGGUUCCUCGCAACUUUGGCCAGAAGCGACCGGACGGAAGUCUGACCAUCACCGACUCGAAUGGCACGCAGGUGCAUGGGACAUUCUUCGGGCAGAGCUCCUUCGCCCGUCACACUGUCGUCAGCAGUAACUCGGUCGUCAAGGUACCCGCGGACACACAGCUGGACCUGUUUUCGCCGCUGGGGUGUGGUAUCCAGACUGGGGCUGGUGCCAUCCUGAACACGCUGGACGUGCAGCCGGGCAAGUCGGUCGCUAUCUUCGGUGUGGGCUCAGUCGGCAUGAGCGCUGUAAUGGCAGCGAAGCUGAGAAAGGCAAAGACAAUUAUCGCCGUAGAUCUCCAACCGCAGCGACUGGAGACUGCGAAGAAGCUGGGCGCGACUCAUACCGUUGUCGGGUCCGACAGCGAUGUCGUCGCUCAGAUCCAGAAGAUAUCCGGCAGCAAUGGCGUCGAUUACUCGGUAGACUGUGCUGGUAUCCCUCAGGUCGUCGAGAAGGCACUGGACUGCCUUGGAACUCGUGGGAAGGCCGCCACUGUCGGUGCACCGAGCCCUGGUGUACGUGCUGGCGUCGACGUCUUCUCGCAUCUUGUCAUGGGCCGCCAAUAUCUCGGAUGCUGCGAGGGAGACAGUGAAACCCAGAAGUUCCUGCCGUACCUCAUUGAGCAGCACGCAAAAGGGCAGUUCCCCCUGGACCAGAUAGUCACAUACUACCCCGUCAACGAAUACGAGAGGGCGUUCAAAGAAGUCAAGGAAGGAAAGGCGUUGAAGGGAGUUCUUCUGUGGAAGUAG